AUGAAUGGAUUACAACGUUGUCAAGGAGCCGGAUGUACGGAAUCUGCAAAUUUACAGUGUCCAACGUGUUUAAACCUAAAAAUUCCAGGGUCAUUCUUUUGUUCACGAGAUUGUUUUAGAGCAAAUUGGUCUACACAUAAACAUAUACAUGAGAAAACUUACAUACCAAAAUUUUCGUACACGGGAACUUUGCGUGCAGUAUACCCUUUGUCUCCAAAGAGACAGGUUCCUCAACAUAUAGAAAGACCGGACUAUGCCGACAAUCCUUCAGGAGUUUCGAAAUCUGAACAAGUUGCAAAGGUUAAUGCACCCAUAAAAGUGUUGAACGAAGCAGAAAUUGAAGGGAUGCGAAAAGUUUGCAAGCUUGCACGUGAAGUUUUAGAUAUCGGUGCUGCUACAAUAAAACCUGGCGUGACAACUGAUGAGAUAGAUCGAGUUAUUCAUGAUGCUAUUAUUGAACGCGAUUCUUAUCCGUCACCUUUGAAUUAUUAUGAAUUUCCAAAAUCCGUUUGCACUUCAGUGAAUGAAGUCAUUUGCCAUGGGAUUCCGGAUCAACGAGAAUUGUUGGAAGGAGACAUUAUUAAUCUGGAUGUAACCUUAUAUCACAAUGGAUUCCACGGAGAUUUAAAUGAAACUUAUCCUGUUGGAAAUAUCGAUGAUGAAAGUAAAAAGUUGAUCAGAACUGCAAAGGAAUGUUUAGAUAAAGCCGUUGAAUGUGUGAAACCAGGUUUCUUAUACCGUAACCUUGGAACGGUUAUUGAAAAACAUGCCAAGGCGAAUAGUUGUUCUGUUGUCCAAAAUAAGGCUAUUGGAACGAUGAAACCUGGACAGUGUUUUACAAUCGAGCCAAUGAUAAACCUUGGUACGUGGCGCGACCGACAUUGGACGGAUAAUUGGACUGCAGUAACUGACGAUGGAAAACGUAGUGCACAGUUUGAGCACACCUUAUUGGUAACAAAAAAAGGGGUUGAGAUUUUAACAGCUGGUAAAAAUGAAUAA